GAGCAUCGCCGGACCGCCGCCGACUCCAAGAAAUGCCGAGGAAGCGGCGAGUGCCGCACGUUCUGUGGCGGCUGUUCCGAGACCGCGCGCGGCCGCUCGUCGACGCCAUCGUCGAGUUGCUCCCUCCGCCACCGCCGCCGCCGCCGACGCCGGCGGCGGCGGAGCAUUGCCGGUGGUGCGGAGGGCGGCGUUGCCUCGGCUGCGCCCGCGGCGGAGGAGUGGCGGCGGUCGCGUCGUUCCUCCUCAGGGCCGACGAUCCGGCCGAGUACCGCAGGCUCCUCACCCGGUGCUUCGUCGUCGUCGGCGGCGACGCGCCUCCACUCUCCGACUUGAGUCCUCUCGCCCGCUGGUCCCAGCGUCAGGUUUCGAUCGCCUCUUGUCGCAGUGGCUUUUUUGCUUUCUGGUAUAUGCAUAACUAG